AUGAACGACGCGACAAACUCACUGCUCACAGAGCAUUUUAGUUACACGCCUUUGUCUCUCAUAGAUGACAUUAUCAACUCGAUCAACAAUCUCAUUUAUCAGGCCAUCUCGAGCCUGGAGUCAGGUCUACUCUCUGCCCCUCCGGAGCGUUUAGGAUUUGCGCAUGCGAACAAUGGCUCUACGAUCCCCGACACGGACGAAGAUGGGAACGUUGUUUACCCGGAGGCAAAAUUGGAAUUGGAAAACGGACUACAUCAACUCGAAACUCUACUUGAGGCGACUGUUGAUAAGGCAUUUGAUAAAUUCGAAAUCUACGUCUUGCGAAACAUCUUCACCGUGCCAGACGAUUUGUUAGCCUGGAUCAGAUUGAGCCAUCACGAGAAUUUGUCUCUUGAAUCCUCUCCGGAUGCGCCGACACCAGAAACAAUCCAGACGCUGCGCAAGAAAUUAAAUGAAACCAAGAAAUUAAACCGCUCGUUGAAACGAGAAAGCGCGCGUAACGAUGCUGUGAUUUCUCAGCUGCGGUCAAUUGUGUCUGCAGCUCAAACUCACGGUGUAGCGAAGAAUGCAAACGGAGAGGACAGGGUUGAACAUCCACUCCCAAUUGACAAGAGCCUUGAUCUAUCAUUCUUGACAACUAGCCCGGCUGCGCAACAACUACGCGUCGGCGUCGACGCGGGCAUCAAUAGCAAGCAUCAACCGCUCACGACCAACACAACCUUCAUAAUCUCCCAAAUUCCUGCUCUCCAAGCGAUGCUGAAGCAGCUCCGACCCAAGCUCGCCUCUCUGCCAAAGCCUGCGGGUGCUGCCGAGAGUGAGGCAAAAGCCGACGAGAGACGGGAAUACAUCGAAAGCAGAAUCAGAUUACACCUUGAGCGGACUGGACAGCUGCCAGCAGGAAACAACGGCAGCCCGAUCAUUGUCGGACGAAAGAUUGACAUGACAGAAGCGCAGGCAUUGGAGUCUAUUACUGGAAUGCUCACCAAGGACGAUAUGAAAGAUUGA